GCUUGUUCAGCUGCUCGUCGAAGCGGCUGUCGGACGGUCGCCUGUCAACGAGUCUGCGUACGAUGUAGCGGCCAUUUUUGUUCUUAGUUCAUUACAGUGCGCAUAUUUUAAUGUAUUUAGAGGAAUAUUUAGGCAAUAUUCACGAUGACUAUAAUAGUUUUUCUAAUAGAUACAUCAGCCUCUAUGAACCAAAGAGCUUAUUUGGGCGGACGCCCAACAUUGCUCGAUGUAGCCAAGGGCGCUGUGGAAACGUUCGUAAAGGUACGUCAACGUUCCCCUGAAAGCAGAGGUGACAGGUAUAUGCUUCUAACUUUCGAAGAGCCACCCGCGAACAUCAAGGCUGGAUGGAAGGAAAAUUUAGCAACAUUUAUAAAUGAGCUGAAAAACUUGCAAUGCCUCGGAUUGACAACAAUGGGUGCAGCAUUAAAACAUGCAUUUGAUGUUUUGAACAUAAACCGCAUGCAGACAGGCAUAGACACAUAUGGCCAGGGCAGGUGCCCCUUCUAUUUGGAGCCUUCCGUCAUUGUUGUUAUUACUGAUGGAGGGAAACUAUCAAGUAAUGCUGGCAUUCAAGAAGAAUUCAAUCUACCAAUGAACUGCCCGAUACCUGGGUCGGAGUUGACCCGGGAGCCAUUCCGUUGGGACCAGCGACUGUUUUCAUUGGUGCUCCGAUUGGCCGGUACCCCCGCAGUUGAAAGGGACUCGGGCCUGGUGCCGUCAGAUACGUCGCCUAUAGAUGCCAUGUGUGAAGUUACUGGUGGUCGCUCCUACUGCAUAACGUCACAUCGAAUGUUGAUGCAAUGCAUCGACAGCUUAGUCCAAAAGGUCCAAAGCGGGGUGGUGAUCAAUUUCGAGAAGAUCGGGCCCGAUCCCCCACCCAUCGACGGGGGGACGGUCAAAGAUGGGACGGAACCGGCGGAACCUGAGGUGUCCCAUGGGGAACAGGAGAAGGAGAUUGAAGCGGAUAAUGAGAGGAAUGGGCGAUGGAACGGCGGGCCGUACCAAAGCAGCAUGACCACCAACCAAGGUCCAAGCGCGCCGCAGGCGUGGCAUUCCUGCCGCCGCCUAAUCUACGUGCCGCGGACCGUCUCGCAGAAGGGCUUUGCUGUCGGCUUCUGGCCGAUCCCAGAGUCUUUCAGGCCCGAUCCUAACGCGCCUACUUUGCCGCCGCGCUCCGCGCACCCCGCGGUGAAGUUUACGUGCUCGAGCCAGGAGCCGAUGGUGAUCGACAACCUGCCCUUCGACAAGUACGAGCUCGAGCCCAGCCCGCUCACGCAGUUCAUUCUCGCUAGGAAGCAGCCCACCACUUGCUGGCAGGUGUUCGUAGCAAACAGUGGUUGCAAGAACUCCGAAGUGACCCACCCGUUUGGCUACCUGAAGGCGUCAACGAAUCUCACGUGUGUGAAUUUGUUUGUGCUCCCAUAUAACUACCCGGUGCUGCUGCCGCUGCUUGAUGAUCUGUUUAAGGUGCAUCGGUGUAAGCCCACCCCGGAGUGGAAGUUGGCUUUCCAGCAGUAUCUAGAUAGGAUGCCUUCGUAUUAUGUCACGCCACUACGAAGAGCGUUGGCGAAGAUGGGUGCAUCGGCGCCGCUGGUCCAAAGUCUCAUCCCUGACACGCAGGAUAACUCUCUUAGCUUCUCCGUACUGAAUUACCUCAAAAGACUGAAAAACCAAGCUAAAAUUGAAUUUGAGAAGCUGUGUGCGGAUGUCAUUAAUAAGGCUUCUUCGAAUAAUAGUCAAAAGGUGGCCGAAAGCGUUCGCGUGAUGCCGCGAUCCCCGCUCAAGAAGGACCUGACGACGCAUCCCUGCCUCCAAGACAAAUUCUCGGCCCUCCGCGACCAGCUCAAUGAAUUCGGGGGCUUUGUGGUUGGCCUAUCGCGUGGCCGGAACAAGAAUCAGGCGCACACCUAUAGAAACCCCUUCGAUAUACCGCGGAGGGAUCUAUUGGAUCAGGUGGUCCGGAUGCGCGCCAACUUCCUGCAGCCAUCGCUGGCGCACACGCGGCUGGUAGACGAAGACAGUUUACAUUCAAUGCCGGUCGCUCAGAUGGGGAACUACCAGGAGUAUCUCAAGCGGAUGACGCCUCAACUCAGGGAGAUCGAAACGCAGCCCGUGCGACAACAUAUGUUCGGAAAUCCAUUCAAGAUAGACAAGCGCAUGAUGGUGGACGAGGCGGACAUCGACGGGCUGGGCGGCGUGCGCGGCGGCGGCGGCGGCGGGGGCGGCGCGGGCAAGCGCGCGGCCGAGCCCCCGCGCGCCGCGCCGCCCAAGCGCAAGGCCGGCCCGCUCCCCGCGCACUUCACCGCGCGCCGCCCCUCCGACUGCCUCUCCCCGUGUCCCUCGCCGUGCCCCUCCCCGCCCCCGGCCCCCGCGCCCACGCCGCCCGCCUCCCCCGCGCCCGCACCCGAGCCGGUGCGGCGGCCCGCCUCGCCGCUGGCGCCCGUGCCCGCCGACCUGCCCUCCGGACGUCCGCCUGAGGAGCCUCCUCACCUGGAGCCGGGAGGGCCGGGCGCGCCGGUGGCGCCCAGCGAGCCGCCGCUGGCGCCCGCGCCGCAGCCCGCGCCCGCGCCCGCCGUCGCCGCGCCCGCGGUGCCCGUGGCGCCGCCCAACCUGCCGCCUGUCGUCAAACCCUUCCUCAACGGAGAUGCAUACACAACGAUGGGCGGCAAGCUACCGCGCUCGCCAUCGCCCGAGGCGCCACCCGUGGUCGCACCAGCGCCCUUACACGACUCUCAGGAGCUGCAGAUCAACGCCAUCAUACAGGGCAUCGCUUCCGGCACCGAUACGCUGGCUCGACCUAGGAAACGGCCGAAACGGAAGGUGGAAAAACCAUCCCCGCCACCAGCGCCUGCUCAACCGACUCGAAAAGAGCUCGCAGACAUCAGGAAACACAACCUCACUGUCAGAUCAGAAGUGUAUCGAGCCGUGCGUCGGCCUGGUAGAGAUUUCGCGAAGUUGUUUGAACAAUUAAAACAAUUGAAAGGCAGUGUUGACGUUAAAAAAGAACUAAUACGUGGAGUGAUAAACGAAUCGUUAAGGUUCAAAAGAAAGGCUUUAGCGAAACUAUUGGAAGACUUUUUAGCUGGCCUAGAGAAGAACGGUAACAGUGCUUCGCUAAACAUGAAAAGAUUAACCAAUUCCGUGUAUAGUAACUCUACUAACAACUACAGCUAGUGUUACGUGAAAUUGACGGACGUACGGGACUUGGAAACAAGCCGUAAUAAAAAAGGCGCAAUAAAGUGGGUACUUUAAUACCAGUUAUCGCUCAAGAGAUUUCUAUCGACAUCGGAUGCCUGGUUAUCGGUUAUGUCGUCGUAUACCGCAAAUAUUUUGCCUUAACACUUUAUAGUGAUAUAAGCAACAGAACAAAACGCUUACACAGUGAGAAGUAAUGUAAUGUGAUACAUGCAAUAAUAUUUACUUAAAAUGUGUUCUUGUUUAAUAUCCUAAGGUACCAUACUUAAUAUUUUAAGCGUUCUGUGGUCGUCAAUAUGUACCAUUCUGAAUGUUCUAAGGGUGUAUCCUGCGACCUACUUGUACAGUUUAUUUUGAUAUAAAUGGAAUCUUUAAAUUUCGUACAUCCACGUGCGUAAUUAUAUUGCUAUCCCUCGCACAAUAGCGAUAACUUAUUGAGUAUUGGGAAUCCUUUCGGUGCGGUUUUUGUUCGUUUUCCCUACAAAGUGGUAAAACUCUGGAAUCUGCUAAGAACUACGCCCUAUAAAGACGUUGCCAGUGAAUGCGUUGAAAGCUGGUAUCAUGGACGGGAAAGCUUUAUAGUUACGCGCAUGAAAUAAAGAUAGGAACCCAAAACUUUGUACGAAAUUUCUCGUAUUCUCGUGCUAAGCUUAUCGUCUUGACAAAAAAAAAUACGCGAAUCUUGUUAUGGGGCACACUAAAAUUUAUUAGUUUUAAUAUUAGGUCGUAGAAUACAUUCCUUAGAUUGAGAUGUCCAUUGGUGCAGUACCUAGACAAGACCUCUAGUACUCCUUUACCAAUUUAUUUUAAUGGUAUCAGUGUUUGAACCAUAGUUGGGUCCCUACGACGACGUUUCCGCCUUCUACCAAUAAUAUCACUAAUUUAUACACUAAGUAACUCUCAGUACAUUGGAAGACGUGCCUUGUCUUCCUAAUCUCAACAGUAAUUGUAUUACCACUUAAGCAUGAUGUCCAAAGCAUUUAUUUUAUCUGCAUUGAACUUCAUUUUAAAUGUGUCAGUCUGAGUUUUGAUCAAAUUGAACUCAUUUUAUUGUCAUUUUGUGUUCACAAUAAUAGUUGUAUUGAGAAAAGCAAUAUGUAAGUUUAAGAUAAUGAUUCAUUUGUGGAAUCAUUUGAAAUAAAUUGCAAUAAGUACUUAAAUUGUUAAUGAAUUUCCACCUUUAACUUGAAACUUCUAUACAUUUAAUGAAAUCAUCUUUUAUUGUGAAUUUUAAAGCAUAAAAUGACAUUAAAAUAGUGUUCAGAGAUUUGUAAAAAUAUUGUAUAUAAUAAAUAUAAUGUAUUAUACCAAUGAUAAUGUCUGUGUAGGAUGCUUCAAUGCAUUGGUCAAUUGUAAAGUGUAUAUAUCUUUUUUAAAUAAAUUAUAAUCCUUAUUGGAUUUUUACA